CGAAGGUGCUGCUUUUUUUUUUUUUUUUGGCUUGAGCUUUUUCUUCCCGUACAUAAAUGCUGUCGAGGUAAAAAUGAUAAUGAUGACUAAAUAAAUGCUGCUCUUGUUUUUUUGUCAUCAAGUUUAACAUAUAAUCAAAGCAGUUGAUAUUAAAUAAAUUAAAAAGCCUUUAGGCGUUACCAUGGAUACCGAAGGACAAACACAGCAGUGGUGUUAUGCGUCCGUCUUGUCUUGAUUCUUGAAUUAAAUCACAAAAGACUUGAAAAUGGAGAAAAUGUACAAAGUAAAAUUCCCUCUUGACCAAUCGAUCGAGACUGCCGUGGAGCGGAGACAGGCUGCCGAGGCUGCGCGCAAAGCUCGAAUUUUCAAUACAAGGUUGCGAGUGAUGGGCCUUGACCUGGAUGCACUCACCAAGCAGACCCAGGAAAAAAAACACCGCCAAGAAAUGGAGCGAGAAAGGGACAAAGCUUUCGAUACGCUGAGACUGCAACACGAUGAAGUUCUGUUGCAGAGAGACAGACAGGACAUGAAAGUGCGAGAAGCUUUGCACGCUGGCCUCACUCAGUUUUGGAACAUCCAGCAGCGCGUGGAAGACUCGAGCGAUGCCGACCUCAAGUGUGGCCUGAAGGGGGCAGUCACAAUCACUGUUCCAGAGGCUGAACUUGGGCCUUCCAGCAUGCACAUCUUUCAGGGUGAAGAUGUUGGCGAGGCUCAACGGAAGCGAGAACAAAUGAAACAAACAGAAAGGGAUCUGCUGACACAAAGGGUCCAACAGGAGAGAAGGUGCUUAGAGGACAAGCACAAAGAGAUGCUGGCAGAAAAAGAACUGUUGCAACAAGACGUCAGCUGGAGACAGCAACACAAUGCUGAGGAGGAAAGCAGAAAAGCCGCCCGGGUUGCUCUUGACCACUACAAUCGAGCUCUGGCCACAGAGCGGGCUGAGCAACUGAAGGAGGCUCAUCGGCGAGAGGAGGGUGAGAACCUUGCUGAGAAGUGGCACACACUCACGUCCGCUAUGAUGACAGAAGGUUGGGAUGCGGCUGUGAACCAGCUCCAGGAAGGCAAAGCCUCUCUGAGGGACAGUUGGAAAGGGAUGAGCCCCGAACAGAUCAGCGCCAUCUACAGGGCAAGAGAGGCACAGUGCAUUGAGAGACAGAGAUGCCGAGAUAUGGAGAAGAACCGAGAUGCAGCCUGGAACUCCUGGCUCCAAAAGGCAUCCGGUGAGGCCCAGCAGGAGGAAAGGAGAUGGUCCGAACUCAGGAGAGCAAAGCAGAUCCAAGAAGAGCAGUUCAACUUGCAGCUGGCCAAAGAGCAGCAAGCGCAUCAGCGCUAUUUGGACAAGGAGCUGUACACCAACAAAGCCACUCCAGAAUACUUCUGGCAAUUUAACACCACCUCUCGCUGAUGCCGACACGCGACAUGGAAAGACAGAAUGACCCAAAUGGUCACAUGAAUCUUCUCCGCAGACAAAUCAAGCACAGCUUGGAUCGUUCCGCAUACUUUAUUGUCCGCUCGUAUAUCUCGUUACAUUGGUAGAUUGAUGAUGCAAUUACACUUAUAUUGGCCCCAUGGAGAAUUGUAUGUGGGGCACAUGGUACCACAACGAGGCACAUUUACAAAGCCGCAGACACUCCCCAACCAUGCAGUCAUUAUUUUCUCCAAAAAUGCUUCUGCAAACAAAUAUUUUAUUGGGCUUUUUUUUUUUUUUUUGGAGGGGCGGGACGGUGUGGGCAGACAUUAGCAUUUCCUGAUCUGUCCUGAGUGUGUUUGGGUGUGUAUGUGUGUGUGUCUUAACCAAGACUUGCCUGACAUGUCCUUGCCUUCUCCUGUCUCGUCGCAUCGACUGACCAUGCUGCAACCUACUUUUCAUGACAAACAAAAAGAGUGACUUGCCAGUUGGCACGAAACAAAACACAAGACAGUUGACAAUUUGGCAUUAAAUUGGCAAACAUCUACAGACUUUUCCCCUUUUUUAUUUGACCUUCUUUUAAUUUGCAGAACAGCCAAAUUUUUACGACAGUAAUAUGGCAAUAACAAAAGCAACGAUACAAAGAACAGUGACAGUUUUGCUUUAAGAUGACGCUCAGAAAUUUUAAACCUGCAGAUUUUCAAGCGGUUGUGGUUCUUUUCAAGAAUGGACUGUAUUUACAUUUUAAGAUCCUGCAAUAAACUCCUGCAGCCACCGUAGCCGAGCUACGUUGCCCUCUGUAGCACGUAGAGUAAAACCCACGGUUAUUCAUACCCUGGCAAAAUUUUGAAGUACAUUACUGUUAUGUUAAAUUUUGAUUUUAUUUUUAAUUUUAUUUUUAGAUUUUAUUUUUAAUUAUAUAUAUGCCCGACCACUAUGAAUCUAUCAAGUUAGAACAAGGCUCUGCAUUGAAAAAAAAAAGCAGCAUUAAUUAUUGGGGAUUUUUGUAAAAACAUUAAAAAAAGAUUU